AUGACGACUGUAGACGCAAAGCUUUAUACUGACUAUUCUCCAAGGAUGAAUAAAAAUUAUGAUCUUUUUUUAAGGAUUGGUGUGGAUGGUGAACCAAAUGUUGGUAAAUCACGUCUUAUUGAAAAAUUUGCCGAAAAUGAUUUUAAAAAUGGAGUAUACGAAGAAAAUUUGCAUGUAUACGUAACGAACACGCACAUUAAUUUGGAGAAUUGCACUAUUAAAGUAGAAUUUUUAGAAACAGCCGAUGGAUUAAGGAAAAUAGAAGAACUUUCACGUGAAUAUACCAACAUCGAUAGUAACUAUGUAACUAAUAGGAUUCCUAUUAUGAUUAUUGCAAACAAAUGGGACGAAUGGGAUAAAAAUAAGCAGAAAAAUAGGAAUGACUAG